AUGCACGGCUGGGGCCUUUUCUUCUUUCUUCUCUUCCUGCUCCUCAUCUUCGCCGUCGUCGGCUGGAUCGGCUUCACUCAAUAUAAUGCGCGCAAGCAAGGGCUACCCGCUCCGUCGCUGAAGUCGUGGAAGACGUACAUUCCGUUUGUCAAGGCGCAAGGAUCCUCAAACUAUCCAGCCCCCCGCCACGCCGGACCCGUGGAAUGGAUCCGCGAGCAAUUCUCGCGACUCACCAACAAGCGCACUGCCCGGGGUGCUUACGAGGAAGCCGACAGUGAAGGCGGCUACAGCGGCGCCGGCAGAAGGGGACGCGGGGUGGAAGAUGACGCUUGGGACACCAGAGUAGGCAACGAAGACCCCUAUGUCUCUGGGCCCGCAGGAUACUCGGGUUACGAAGAACAGGAACUGGGACUUGCGCCCACACCUGGCCUGCAUAACGAGCCAUACGCCGGGGGUAGCGGGGUGGGAGACGGAGGCGACUAUCUCGGAGCCGCACCAAGCUAUGUGGACGUCGGUGCACGAGGACGCCCUGUGAGCGCUAAGAGCUUAGAUCCUUUCGGCGACCAGAAUGAGGCGCCGAGCUUGAGGAGUGUCAGCCCGCGACCAGAGGCGGACACGAGUGGUCGGGGUCACGCCAAGGGGAGUCAGAGUCUGGAUACCCAGGGCAGUGGUGACGGUAGCUCGAGUCCGACGAGUACGAGGAAAAGUGCAUUUAGAGAGGGCAUUUGA